AUGAAGGAUAGAAAUAUGCUAUUUGCUGCUAUUACAACGAAUCAACCAAUUCGUAGUAAGUGUUCCCGUCUUCCCGAUCUACAUGAUUUUUUCCCAACCAACAUCUCUCAGAACUUUGCUAUAACGCCAAACUUGGAUAUAACGCCAACGCCUGAGCGAAUUGCCGGCGUCACAAUAGUUUUACAAAUAGAAGAGUAUUUGGGCCAAAAUGAGUCCGAACAGGGAGCAGUCAAUUUAGCUAGAACAGUAUUGGGAGCCCGCCACCGAAAUGGCGAAACUUGGCAGGGCAUAUUAGAGGAUAUUCGGGCGGGUGGUGGUGCCUACCCGGAAACCCCAUUGGAUCAAUUUUCCAUUAUCCCAAUAAUUGAUCUUCAUGUGGGCAACUUUUAUUUAUCAUUUACAAAUGAAGUCUUGUAUAUGCUGCUCACUGUCGUUUUGGUCGUUUUUCUUUUUUUUGUUGUUACGAAAAAGGGAGGUGGAAAGUCAGUGCCAAAUGCAUGGCAAUCCUUGGUCGAGCUUAUUUAUGAUUUCGUGCUGAACCUGGUAAACGAACAAAUAGGUGGUCUUUCCGGAAAUGUGAAACAAAAGUUUUUCCCUCGCAUCUCGGUCACUUUUACUUUUUCGUUAUUUCGUAAUCCCCAGGGUAUGAUACCCUUUAGCUUCACAGUGACAAGUCAUUUUCUCAUUACUUUGGCUCUUUCAUUUUCCAUUUUUAUAGGCAUUACGAUCGUUGGAUUUCAAAGACAUGGGCUUCAUUUUUUUAGCUUCUUAUUACCUGCGGGAGUCCCACUGCCGUUAGCACCUUUCUUAGUACUCCUUGAGCUAAUCUCUUAUUGUUUUCGUGCAUUAAGCUUAGGAAUACGUUUAUUUGCUAAUAUGAUGGCCGGUCAUAGUUUAGUAAAGAUUUUAAGUGGGUUUGCUUGGACUAUGCUAUUUCUGAAUAAUAUUUUCUAUUUCAUAGGAGAUCUUGGUCCCUUAUUUAUAGUUCUAGCAUUAACCGGUCUGGAAUUAGGUGUAGCUAUAUCACAAGCUCAUGUUUCUACGAUCUCAAUUUGUAUUUACUUGAAUGAUGCUACAAAUCUCCAUCAAAAUGAGUCAUUUCAUAAUUGAAUAAAAACGAGGAGCCGAAGAUUCUAGGGGGCUACAGCUGCGCUUUUGCAGCACUGAACAUGGUUCCGGGUACUCAAGAUAUUGCGUUUGUGUUUGGAGAGGUGUAGAUUGUAGAUUCCAGCCGAGAAGACCAGGAAAAGAUAAGGAUAAAGAAUGUCAUAUAUCUCAGGAGCUAGAUCACUUCCCGAUGAACAAGUAAGAAUUGCCUCAACAAAAAUGGAUGGAAUUGGACCGAAAAAAGCCAUUCAGCUUCGUUAUCGAUUAGGUAUCAGUGGGAACAUCAAGAUGAAUGAGUUAACUAAGUAUCAGAUCGACCAAAUUGAACAAAUGAUAGCUCAAGAUCAUGUUGUUCAUUGGGAAUUGAAGAGGGGAGAACGAGCAGACAUCGAACGAUUAAUUUCUAUUUCUCGUUAUCGUGGAAUUCGUCAUCAAGAUGGAUCGCCCUUACGCGGUCAACGAACUCAUACUAAUGCAAGGACUGCUCGCAAGCAAAUUCGGAAAUGAAAGAAGGCUACCGAAAGAACAAGCAACGGAUUUCGCGCUCAUCCCUUGCUAAAGCGCAUACGUUUUCUUGCUCCUUGGUACUUGUCUGAUCAAUCACACUGUUCAU